AGGUCUGACGAUAACAGUACUGUCGCUGAACGAGUCGUGUAGAGGUAUAGCCCGGGGGUAGCAGCGUGUGUGGGCAGGGGUGGGACUGACGGCCCCGGAGAUGGAUGUUUAGCGAACAACGAGGCACACGCUAUAGUUCUAUCACGAAGGCUGCCCUCAUUAAGUCAAGAGGGAACCGUAAGUAACGGGAGUAUAUGUGCAUACCUUGCUGUAGCUGAGAUUACCAGGGAUAUGGGGACGGAGAGGCCGGCGGACUCUAGCUCUGUGGAUAUGGGAGACUCUAAUAGGCGUCAGCUGUCUCCAAAUGAAAGGGCUUACGUGUCGGGGCAACAAGGCAAUACUUAUAUGUCUUAUGACGUCACGAAUGAACAUUCGCCACAGCCAUCGCCGCAACCUCUGGCCGUCACUGAUUGGCCAAUGAGGCCAUAUCCCGACCAAUCACAGGAGCCAGUUUGGGUGGUGCCGCCCUAUAGGGAACCAAUCAUCAUGGGGUAUGGCCCAAUGUGGGUGUCGCCUGAUGGAUUAAUGACGAAGCUGUAUGAAGAUGAUUGGUCGGGGAGAAAACCGAGACGGGGCCGUCGGCGAUACCUACGAGAUAUGGAAUUAGAUGACGACCCCCCACGAUCGUGUGUACGCGAGGCUGUUGUCUAUAUCGGCGGAUUCGUCGUGCUCGCUGUCGCCCUUGCUGCCAUCAUCGCGCUUGUCUACACACGCAACUCACAGUGACUCCUGCUGCACGUGCUUGUAUAUAUCACCUGUCCAUCAUUGCCAUUGGUGUCAUUGUCAAUUGCGCACCUGCCAAUCAUCGUUAUGUUCAGAUAGUUAAUGUGACAAAUUUGGACGUUCCUCUCUCGCUGACAUUUUUAAUAUAAUUAAUCAAUAUAUCUUUAGUUUGAAAACUACAGCCAUGAAUUUAAAGUCACGAAUAGUAUAAUAUUAAUAAGUCAGGUGAUAAAAGUCAGGUUAUUAAAGACUUUUUUUAGGAUACGACUAGCUUCGCUAUGACAAUUCUAAAUAAAAAACAUAAUACGUUAUUAUUUAUUCUAAUUGAUAAUGUAUAAUCUGACAUGGCAAAUAGCCAUAACAUAUUUUUUCCAUUAAAUACGCUGUUCAUUUUGUCAUUGCAAGAGGGAAAUUGUGUUGUGUGAGAUCGUCACGGUUGAAUGAAUAGGAAAAGACUGUGGUAGGCAACUCAUUGCUGCUACAUUGCAGUAUAUGGGGUUUUCAAUAGCCUCUGCCCAUAUGCAUAAAAUCGAGAUUGGUGGUGUGUAUGACAUGUCAAUUUCAAGUGCCUCGACUCCAGCAAGUCAGAGAUGAACGCCUAAAUACAUGUUGGUGCAGAUAGAACGUUAACAUUCAGCAGUGAAAUCAGCUAUUUGUAAAAGACGCAAUUUAUUGUAAUUUGAUUCCCCUGAAUGACCGACCAGGCAGAACCGAAUAUCCCACAUAAGUCAUAGGCUGCAACUAAUUUCAAAUGCACACAGAAACAAAAUCAUUUAUUGUGCUUGAAUUUUGUAUGUCGAUUUUGUGUGUGUGUUUCAAGGGGUUUAAACUAAUUUAAAUUUGACUUGUCAGCAAAUAUCUGAAGUCCGAACAAUCCCUUGUACAAGCGACAAGUUAAGACCUAUAUCUUAAACUGGCUGAUGCUGUCAGAACCAAACUAUUGCAUGGAUAACAUUUACCUAUUGUUGGUCUUUGAGCAUUUAUGUGUGUGGAGAUAAGCGCUGUACAAGCAACCUCACUGUUAUGAAACAAACAGCAUAGUGAAACCUCAUAACGUGAAGACUUCUGGAAACUACAGAAUGCAUCGAGUUAUGCGUAGUUCGGGACAAGCUGUGUACUGUUUUAGCUUGUAAUUAUUCUAUCAGACGUCUAAAAUUACAUCGUCUUAUACAGGAUUUCAACUUAACGAGGUUUUGAUGUGGCUGUUAAUGUUAUGUAAAUUAUUUAAAUGUCGGUCGUUACGACAGUGUACGUUAUGUUUUAAAACCUGUGAAGAUCCUGGUUAGAACUGGUCUUCAACAUCCCAUGCUUGUCGUAAGAGGCGACAAACGGGAUCGGAUAGUCAGACUCACUGUCUUAGUUGACGCAUGUCAUCGUAUCCCAAUCGUGUAGAUCGAUGCUCAUGAUGUCAAUCACUGGAUUGUUUGGUUCUGACUCGAUUAUUUGCAUACCGCCGUCAUAUAGCUGGAAUAUUGCGGCGUUAAACAACUAACAAACAAAACAGGUCUUCUGACUAAGAUCAACUCACCACAUUUGCAGGACUUAUAUCAACGUGUUUUUUUAUUACAGUAAACUGUCGCUUUUCAUUCUGAAUAUAUUCAUACAUAUUCCAAGUUAUUGAAAAGCGUAUGUGUAUGAGUGGUAUCAGCAUCAGGUGUUGUUGAGGACAGUAGAAAACCACAUGUUCCCGUUGUACAUCAUGAAUAAAUAUUUAUACUUUG